CACACUCCACGCCCGCCAUGCCGCCCCGAUUAAACCCUCUCUCAUUCUCGAGACCAAUUGCAUACCGACCAAAGGCACAGGUGCAAUUGCGCCUUCAGCCUGCGGCCCGCAUCGCUCCGUGGCAAUGCCGCAACUACGCCGACAAAACUGAUUCAGCAGGCGCAGACCGAUCGAAACGCAUUGAGGCACAACCGCUUGGUCAUGUUAGUGAAGAGGCUGCACAAACAGCUAAGAUCACGGGCGAGCAAGGUCCAGAGCUGUCGAAAGGAACGCCUAUUGAGGAGGUUGUGAAGGGCGAUAAAGCUGUAGUCGACAAUCUCCCCAAAGUAAUGCAGGAUGCGAUCAAGGCAAAACAAUCAAGUUCUCCACCGAAGGGAUCCAGAUCUUACUCCACAACGACGACACCGGUCACGAACAACGGCAGCAUGGAUAUCGGGAUUUUCAAUCUACCUACCAAGACACCUGCAGCAGUACCAGGAGCGAAGUUCGAGGUUCCAUCGCUGCCCCUUCCGAAGGGCUCCCAUGUCAAGCAUAGAUAUGAUCCUGUCAUCGAACAAGUGACGAACCUACUCAUGCAACACGGACAGAAGAGCAAGGCUCAACGAAACAUGUCCCUCAUCCUUCAACACCUGCGUACCUCCCCAAUCCCCACCAUCAAUCCUGACCGUCCUCUCGUUCCUGGCGCCCCUCCGCCAUCACACUUGCCUUUAAACCCUGUUCUCUAUCUUACCCUCGCGGUCGAUUCGGUGGCUCCCCUUCUCCGACUUCGAAGUCAGAAGGGUGCAGCUGGAGGUGGUGUCGCCUUGCAGAUUCCCAUCCCACUCGGUCUAAGGCAGCGCAGGCGGACAGCCGUACAGUGGAUCCUCAACUCUGCCGUGAAGAGGAAGAAUGUGGGCAGUGGCAAGACUGGAUUUGCUCAGCGAUUUGCACAGGAGUUGAUCAGCGUCGUGGAAGGCCGAAGCUCUGUGUGGGACAGGCGCAAUGCCGUACACAAGUUGGGUGUGGCCGCCCGAGCCAAUAUUGUUCUACCUAAGAGAAGAUAGGAGGCAUGGCUGGGAAGCUAAGUUGAAAAAAAAAACGAUACCUUGGUCGGAUCAUUUCAUGUACAAAUACAAAUAGCGAUUGCUGAGUUUUCGAACUGUUCCAAUAGUUAAAAGCAAUGUACGAUUUCAGUUCGCACAUAGUGUGCGUCAUUAUGUGUCAGAGUCAUGAGCCUCA